AUGUAUCUGAACAGGGAGGAGGACAACAGCAAAGGCUCAGUGUCCCUCAGUGUGUUCCUGGUCUCCCUCGCAGUGACAGUGUGUGCUGUUUGGCUGGUGGCUCUUUGUGGCGUCUGUGGUUGGUGCCAACGCAAGCUGGGGAAGAGGAAUAAGCCAGGAGUGGAAACAGCAGACACUCCAGACUCAGCACGUGGGCGAGGGGAGAAGAAAGCCAUCAACCACAGUGAUCUAGACAGAGACUUUUGGAAUAACAAUGACAGCAGCACAGUGCAGCAGAGGUGGAGCUCCUAUCCGCCCAAGGAGUUCGUACUAAACAUUUCUCCCUAUGCCCCAUAUGGAGAUCCACGCCUCACACUCAAUGAGGGGAAGCUGGUGGUCCUGGCUCUGGCCAUUGGUGUGGCCGAGCAAGAUGACUUUGCCAAUAUCCCUGACCUGCAGGAAACAGCGCAGGCACCACCACCAGCCAAUCAGGAGCCCCCUCCUGAGAAGAGGGGCAAUAAGCCAGCCAACAGUCCCAAGGGCCAACCCCCUGAUGCUGACGGCCACUCCUCCGUUACAGACCUGGCCAACUCCCUCACUGGAGACAUGGUGAUGCUGUCCCCAGGUUCGGAGGAUGAUGACGGUGAAGGGCCUAUCAGUGAGAAGCUGGGCCGGAUCCAGUUCAGCAUAGGCUACAGCUUCCAGAACACGACCCUCACCGUCAAACUUCUCAGGGGCCAGGAGCUCCCGGCCAAGGACUUCUCUGGCACCUCCGAUCCCUUCGUCAAAAUCUACCUGCUGCCUGACAAAAAGCACAAGCUGGAGACCAAGGUCAAGAGGAAGAACCUCAACCCCCACUGGAACGAAACCUUCCUGUUUGAGGGCUUCCCAUACGAGAAGGUGAGAGAGCGAACUCUGUACCUUCAGGUGUUGGACUACGACCGCUUCAGCAGGAAUGACCCCAUUGGCGAGGUGUCAAUCCCCCUUAACAAGGUGGAGCUGGGCCAGAUAAAGACCUUCUGGAAGGAGCUCAAGCCCUGCAGUGAUGGCAGCGGGAGACGAGGAGACCUGCUGCUGUCUCUCUGCUAUAAUCCCACAGCCAACACCAUCACUGUGAACAUCAUCAAAGCGCGCAAUCUCAAAGCCAUGGAUAUCGGGGGAACAUCAGAUCCAUAUGUGAAGGUGUGGCUGAUGCACAAGGACAAGCGUGUAGAGAAGAAGAAGACGGUGACGAUGAAGCGCUGUCUGAACCCCAUCUUCAAUGAGUCCUUCCCCUUCGACGUGCCCGCCCAUGUGCUGAGGGAGACCACUAUCAUCAUCACCGUCAUGGACAAGGACAGACUCAGCCGCAACGACGUUAUCGGCAAGAUCUACCUAUCGUGGAAGAGUGGACCAGGGGAGGUAAAGCACUGGAAAGACAUGCUCGCUCGGCCGCGUACUAACGUGGCCCAGUGGCACGCUCUCAAGGCCUGA